CAAUUUCUUAACAUGAGUAUCCAACUAAUGAUGCCCUAGUUAAUUUUAUGAGUUCAAAGUCUCGAAUGUACUUAAGUGUGGAGUAGUAAGGAAAUUCAAGCAUAUUCUAAAAACUUUAAAGAGAUUAUAGAAUGGGAUUAAUUACUUGGUCUCUUAAAAUAACUUUAGAGCUAGUUUAAGAAAAAAGAAAAAUAAAAUAAGAAAUAAAUUCAAUAAAACAAUAAAAAAAAAAGUUAAACCAAAAAUUUCAGAAUUGCAAUGUUAAAGAUUUAAUAGGAACUUGUUAGAGAAAGAGACUUAAUCAUAUGAGAAUAAUCCAUUUAGCUGAGGUAUAUACUAUGAAAGCUUCUUAAAAUGUACCUUUAAUUUAUUACAUAUUUUAGAAACAGUAUAAGAACAUCAUGUCAUAUAGAAUUAAUAUAUAUUAGGUCCUUAUGAAGUAGGUUAAAGAAGAUUCUUUUUAAAGAAAGACAUUUAGUUAGACCAUGCAGAGUAAAUCCCUCUUCUAAUAUAUGUAGACAAAUAGAUAAGUAUAUAUGAUUUUGAAAAACCUUAGUCACCUGAUAUUAGAAGGCCAUUUUUACUUAUAAAGGUGACUCAAUCAUAGGGAAAAGGAAGAGCUGAAAAUUAUUGGGUUGAUAUUAUAAAUUUUUUAUAUUAUUAUAAUUUUAGCAUUUAAAAAUAUAAAUAACAAUAUGGUUUAAUUUUUUCAACUGUAAUAUUUAAUAAAAAUAACCACUUCUUUUUAUAAAUUUCAUAUUUUAAAUAGUAAUAAAUAAGAGAACGAAUUCAUAAAUAUUACUGGCCGCCAAUAAAAUAUUUGGUAUAAUUUUAGCAAUGGAAGGAGUGAUUUAUAAAAUACAAUGACUUAAAAAUUAAAGGAAGAUCUUUUAAGAUUCAAGAAAAUUAUCAGUUGAGGGUUAAUAACUUUGGGAAUAAACAAAUGUGAAUUAAUCAAUAUUAGAAUUCUUAUUUAAUUGAGUAAAUGUAGUAAUCUCAAUGAAUAUAAAAGAAUCUAGUGAAAUUCAGGUGUUUCUUAAAAUUGAUGAUGGAUUGCAGUUUUAUAAUUCAUUCAAUUUGAAAAUUUAUUAAAGAGGAAGGAAGUAAGGGAAUUUUAAAAGAAGAUUUGGCAUUAAAUAAAUAUUCAGAUGUAGAUUUAACAUGAAUUAAUAUAGAGACUAAAUGUGA